ACCGGGAGGACAAGCCCUAGAAACCCGGAUGGAGACAUGGCCGCCCCGCUGAGAUUAGGCGUUGGCUGCGAAUGGGCUUGAGCGCGCAUGCGCGAGGAUCGGCGCAAGCGCACAGGCAUCAGAAUGCGUCCUGUAGCUCCCAGCGUACUCUGCGGCUCUCAUCAGCCGCUUGGCUGGUGGGACGGGGUUGAAAUGGUGGCUGCAGGUGCCGGGGCAACCCGGUUGCUUUUGCUCUUACUGAUGGUGGCAGCAGCGCCCAGCCGGGCCCGGGGUAGCAGCUGCCGGACUGGGGCCACUGCGCGGGGGGCUGGGGCGGAAGGCCGGGACAGCGAGGGCUGCGGCACCGUGGGGCUGCUGCUGGAGCACUCGUUUGAGAUCGAUGACAGUGCCCACUUCCGGAAGCGGGGCUCACUGCUGUGGAACCAGCAGGAUGGCACCUUGUCCUUGUCUCAGCGGCAGCUCAGUGAGGAGGAGCGGGGCCGACUUCGGGAUGUAGCAGCCCUGAAUGGCCUGUACCGGAUCCGGGUCCCAAGGCGGCCUGGGACCCCUGAUGGCCCAGAAGCUGGUGGCUAUGUCUCUUCCUUCGUCCCUGCGUGUUCCCUCGUGGAGUCACACCUCUCAGACCAGCUGACCCUGCACGUGGAUGUGGUGGGAAGUGUGGUGGGCGUGUCGGUGGUGACGCACCCUGGGGGCUGCCGGGGCCAUGAGGUGGAGGACGUGGACCUGGAGCUGUUUAACACGUCAGUGCAGCUGCGGCCCCCCAGCACAGCCCCCGGCCCCGAGACAGCGGCCUUCAUCGAGCGCCUGGAGAUGGAGCAGGCCCAGAAGGCCAAGAACCCCCAGGAGCAGAAGUCCUUCUUUGCCAAAUACUGGAUGUACAUCAUUCCUGUCGUCCUGUUCCUCAUGAUGUCGGGAGCACCAGAUGCCGGCGGCCAGAGUGGGGGUGGGGGUGGGGGUGGCAGUGGGGGUGGUGGCCGGUGAGUAGCCAUUCCUCUCCCCAGGGACUCCAUGCCAUCCAGAGUGGCUUGUGUCCUUGGUCAUCUCAAGAAGGAUUUGCCAGCCCCUCCCACUUCCCCAGGAGCCACCUGCACAGCCCCUUGGCCUCCCGAAGAGCCUCCUUCCUGUUGGCUGAGGGGUGUUUGCUGCAACCCUGUCUUCCGUGACCCCGCCCCAGCCUUGUUGGCUCCCUGUCGCCCUCCAGCUGGAGCCCCAGCUCUGGGCCUUUGCCCUCUGACUGCCCCACCCACCCUGCAGUUUGGGAACAUGCCAGGUUCUCUCCAGCCUCUGUGCCUUUGUCCCAGCCAGGCUCCACACCGCCCACUUCAGCACACUGGGCCAGGUUCCACACUGAGGAGGUGGUGGCUGGGACAGGCUGGCUGUGAGUGCCAUGGUUUCCACUCACCCCUGCACUGCCUGUGGGGCUGGUGUCUGGCCUGGUCUGCCCAGUGUGGGGAUGUGCCCGGCCUUCUGUGUGCCCGGCUGAGGAGCAGUGUGUCCAGGGAGAACCCAAACCAGCUGUUAGCAGAGUAAGGGCCAGAUGGUCUAACUAGAGCCGUCCCUGGGCCUGUCUACCCCCAGAUUAUCCCACCCAAGAUGUGGCAGCAGCGUGGGGGUGCUGGUUGUCACCCUGUCUAGUUAGGAACAGUACCACUCUUGGCACGUCACACAUUUUGAAAACUCCCAGCUCCCAACAGCCAGUGUGACUCGUUUUGUCUAUAUGAGCCAAAUGGCUUUAUUGGAUUCUGUGCACUUAACGUUAUUCAGAAAUACGAGGAAGUAGCCGUGGUCACCGUAAUUGCUGUGUGAAGCUCAGCUGUCACGUGGCAGUUGAUUAAAACCGUUCCCCAUCAGCCAGCAGUUCGCUCACUUGUGCCUUAUGUGGUUGGAAAUAGGCCUGCAGUGAGUGUCCCAUCACUCUUGAGUGUGUGAAUGGCGUCCUUGGGACAUGUGAGUGUGUAGUGCUGUGACAGAGUAAACAGGUUCCUAGGAGCUGAAAAACAGCAGGAGUGGUGCAGUGGCAAGUCCCUCCCCGCACAACCUACGGGAACUAGUGUCUCCCUCUCUUGGCAACACGAAAGUACUACAUUGCGGGCACUGUCCUGCACUGGCCACUGUGUCCCUAGACCUUGUCAGCACUCAAAGUGGACUUGUUCCCCAUACUCCACCAGAAAUGUGGACUGUGGCUCCCUGCCCACCCAGAUUGGAUGGAACGGGGGCCUCGAACGUGCUAGUCAUGUGCUUUACCACUUGAGCCACGUCAACGGCCCUUCUGUCUUUAUUUAUUUAUUUAUUUGAGACAGUCUCAGUAACUUUGCCCACAUUGAACUUGAACUCGCUAUCCUCCUGCUUCUGCCUCCCAAGUAGCUGGGGUUAUAGGCAUGCAUCACCACACCACAGCUUCACAUCCUGUCUAGUUUGAGAUCUCUUCCCCAGUCAUGUGCAGGACACCUUGCUUCACUUUUGACUGGAGCUUGGGUCUCCUCAUAGCUGAUUGCAUCCUUUCCCUGGGAGACUUCAACUGGCCUUAAGCCAGCACUUGCUGUGUGGUGUGUUCUAGUUGGUGUCUGAGUUCCUCAGGCUCCCCAGGGCUCUGUCCUUACUACAUUUCUCUUCCAGUUCUUGCUGGUCCCUGGGGGCUCAUCACUCUUGUUUUACUGGGCAGGGUAUAUGGGGAUUUACAGUCAGAUCUGCAACCAGUGCCCUCUGCAGCCGGUGGGCUGUCCCCUGGCUAGCAUUCCAAAGUGAAUAGUUUGGCAAAGCUGUUCACUCUUGUCCUCUCCUCCUGAUAGGAUGGAGAGGUUUCUGUCACUUUCUGUGAAACUGGCUUCAGUUCAAUUCAUUGGUCCCCUGGUGAGGGGUCUUGGGGUUGUCCCAGGGGUUCUGCAGGAGUCUCAUAUUCCUGUGUCAUUAGUGUGCACAUGUGUGUUGAGGAACACGUGGCCAGAGAGGACUUGUAUGUGUCACUAUGAUGCUUGCUGUCCCCUUGCUACUCUUCACACCAGAGGUCCCCAGGCUCCCCCUGCCCCACCCUACUGGUCGCCAGACCCUGGGUCCCAUCUGCUUCCCAGAUCCUAUGCUUCAGAGGCUGCUUAAAUCAGCGCCUACCCUGCCAGGACAGUUGCUCCAGGACCUUUUUCCAGGAGCCUCAAGGAGCAGCACCCUGCUCUGGCUCAGGCCUGGCCACCUGCACCACCAUUCCUGCCCCUCCUGCCCCUGUGGCCUCGGCCUCAGCUCGAGUCUCACCCUCUUCAGGACUCUCAGUGUAGCCACCUCUGUGGCCUCCCAGCCUCCAGCAUCCCCCACCUGCCAUCUGUCCCUUCAUAGGGGGCUUCUGACAACACAGCUGACCCCACUGAUUCCCUCCCAUGACUUCUCAGCAACCCUAGGGCAAAGUUCCAGGCCCUCAGCUUGGCAUUUGAAGCCCUUAACGAGUGAGAGUCAGGCCCACCAGGCCUGACUGCAAGCACUGCCCUCACCUCCUGCAGCCCGGUCUUCAUCCCACCUCUUCCUGCUGUGGCAGAGCUUCUGUCUCCAUUGUCCUGACUCCAGCUCAGCUCUCCUACUGGCUUCAGGUCUAAGACAGGAGAAGGGACUGACCCCACCAUCUACUGCCUCACCCCUCAACACCCUGCUCUGCUCCCUGGUAGCCUUCCAGACCUAGGAUUUCAUGCUGUCAUUGAGGUGUCCUUAGCGUGUGGCUGUAUGACACGAAAUCUUAGGGUGCGAAAGGCUAAGUGGGGAGACUGCCAUCCCACACUGACUUGUAGAAACAACUCUAUAGGUGUCUUAGAGGAAGGCUCCAUGUCGGAGGAGUGAGCUUGUUCUUGGGUCUCUAGCUGUUGGCCCACCCACUUCGGCUUGCACCCCUACUUAGCAAGGCAUGGCAGUAUUCUUAUGAAAGGAACGUACUCAGUUUGGUGCAAGUCUCCCGGUUUUCUCUUUCUCGCGUAAUACAGCCCCAUGCACCUCUCUCUGUGGGACUGCAGGGAAGGACCCACCAUUGAAUCACUGGGGGCGGGGUGCGUGGGGAGAUAGGAUCACGGUUGGGGACAGCCUGAACAAAACGUUGAUGAGAACCCUGUCUUAAAGAACAAGCCAGGCUUGGUGGUGUGUGUCUGUAAUCCCAGGUUGCAGUCCAAGGCUGGCCCCAUGCAAAAAGCACAAGACCCUAUCUGAAAAAUAACUAAAGGA